CCCGUCUACGAUGUCAUGUAUCGCGGGGUUCUUCGGAAAGAGGAGAGGGUCAAGCACGCGGGCUUGUGUACUCGGCUGCGCCCAACAUGCCAAAGCCGUCAUCCUGUCCGCCGAGGGAUAGGUAUCUCUAUGUUAUAGCCGGCUAGCUUCCACGGCCGCGGCUGUUACACUACAUCGCGACUACGCUUGGUAUCGCGCAUCCUGAAGCUCUAUGCCGUAGUGAUGAGCUGCGUGAUGGGAGCUAGACGCGGUGAUUGUCUAUCCUCGGCCGGGUUCCUUCCAUUAUCAUGUCCCAUUUCACUCGUUCUCUUCACUAGUCUCUCUGUUUGUCUUCAGUACAGCGCAGCGUAUACUUGAUUCACAUGUCAGAGUGUGGGAUUCAGUGACUUGAACUGACAGCCAUGUCAACAACAGCCCCCGUCUCUUCGCAAACCUUUAAAAUGCCCGCAGCCCGCGCUCUCGAAAACGCAAAACAAUCUUCAGAAGCUGUGCUUAGCGACGCCUCGUCCGCAAUGUCCAAAGCCGCUGAGAACCCUAAGAAGGCGACUUCCGACUUCUUACACACGCCGUUUAUGCGCGCUGCGUUACCGUUUAUCAAUGGCGGACUCGCAGGCAUGACAGCUACUUCAGUCAUCCAACCCGUCGAUAUGGUUAAAGUCCGCCUCCAACUAGCAGGAGAAGGCGUAAAGACAGGCCCGAAGCCCACGCCAGUAACCGUAUUCAAGGACAUUCUCGCCCAAGGAAAAGUACUAGACUUAUACACGGGCCUCAGCGCAGGACUGCUACGACAAGCCGUCUACACCACCGCGCGCCUAGGCUUCUUCGACACCUUUAUGAAAUCCCUCUCCGCCACCGCCAAAGAAAAAGGCACAACCAUCGGCUUCAAAGAGCGCGCAGGCGCCGGCCUCGCUGCAGGUGGUCUCGCAGCCGUCGUCGGAAACCCCGCAGACCUAGCCCUCAUCCGCAUGCAAUCCGACGGCCUGAAACCCGCCGCCCAGCGCGCAAACUACACAUCCGUCAUCGACGCCCUGGUCCGGAUAUCCAAAAACGAAGGCGUAACGCGGCUAUGGGCUGGCUGCUACCCGACCGUCGUGCGCGCCAUGGCGCUGAACUUUGGACAAUUAGCCUUCUUCUCCGAGGCAAAGCAGCAGCUCAAGGGCACGAGUCUGAGUCCCCGGACGCAGACGUUGACGGCUAGUGCCGUCGCGGGCUUCUUUGCGAGCUUCUUGUCGCUGCCGUUUGAUUUCAUGAAGACGAGAUUGCAGAAGCAGACGCGUGCUGCGGAUGGGUCGUUGCCAUACAAGGGCAUGUUCGACUGUUUUAAGAAAGUGACAAAAGAGGAGGGGCUGUUGAGGUUUUAUAGAGGGUUUGGCACGUAUUAUGUGCGUAUUGCGCCGCAUGCUAUGGUAACGCUGAUUGUUGCGGAUUACCUUGGAUUCAUUACAAAAUGAUCUGUUUGAAGGGAACGAAAACAGCAAUAUCGAAGUGAUACGAAGCUGUUGAUAGUCGAGGAGAUCUAAGGAGCAAUCUAGCGGCGUUUUUUUUAAUAACCUUUUGUCACCUACAUGGCAUCUCUCAAACCAACUAUUCGCGGUGUUUGGGCGUUUCAACCUUCAGGAGAAUCGGAUGGGGGUGUUCACUUUGACGGACUUGGGGUUAUCAAGGAAGCGUUUAUUUACCUACUCCCCUUUGCAAGCGCUUGUUUUCUGUAUGUAGGGCCGACAUGAUGGAAUUGUAAAAUGCAUCCAUAUCAUAUCCAGAAGAGAACCCAUAAAAUCCCCAGCACACACCGAAAAUCCCCAGCACUAUGCUCAACUCAUACUAGCCUCGCAAUAAGCCAGCCUCUACUACCAAAGAGUCGUCAACAUGACCAGACUCUCCGAAUCU